AUGAUGAAAGCUUCGUCGACAAACAGAGAUGAAGACGGUGACGAAGCUCAAGCACCACUGUCUCCAACGCCAACCUAUCGCGAUUCUCCUCUGCCUGAGAUGAGCCGACUAAGAGACUCAAAGCCUGAAGAUUUCAACCGCCCUUGGCAUAUCUUCCCGCUCAAGUGCCGAGAAGGAGGGGUUUUGAAAAGAGUUGGACACACUGAAGCUUAUGUCUAUCUCAGUGUUUUAGCUGGACUAGAUCCUGUUGGAGUAUUUGUAUAUCAAAGGAAGAGAGAUGAGCUAGUGGAACGUUCUUCUGCAGCUUGGAUCCCAACAAUGUCGGGACCUUUCACAGCUUAUUGCUACAAGUCUAUAUUAGAUGGAAUAGAGCACAAGGGAGAGAUAGGUGAGGAUGGUCAAGACAUGCUUGUGAGGGUUCAUUCAGAAUGUCUCACUGGAGACAUAUUUGGAUCAGCAGGGUGUGAUUGCGGGAACCAACUAUCUCUUUCGGUGCAGCAGAUCGAGUCUACUGGUCGUGGUGUGUUGGUUUACUUGCGCGGACAUGAAGGAAGAGGGAUUGGCUUAGGUCAUAACACGGUUGAAGUUAAUGAGGAGUUGGGACUUCCUGUUGAUUCUAGAGAGUAUGUGAUUGGUGCACAGAUACUGAUGGAUUUGGGAGUGAGGACGAUGAAGCUGAUGACGAAUAAUCCGGCAAAGUAUGUUGGUCUGAAGGGAUAUGGAUUAGCUGAUUAG